UAGGAGUGAGAUAUUGCCCCACAAAUCACAUGAGCAAAGCAAAACAAACUGAAAGACUACAUAUAUAAAUACAUACUAUUACAAUUUGCAAACAAGGCAACCUUAAUGCAUAACAUGUUAUUUAGAACCAGUAAAACCAUGUUUCUUCAUACAUCACAUAGCGCAAAAUUUUUCUCUCUAAUCAUAAUCACCCCUUUUCUUCUUCUCUUAUCAAAUUCACAUGCACUUCCAUUAUCCUCCUUCCCAAAUGUACAUUUUAGGUCCUUAAGUAUACCAAAUAAUGAGCAUGAUAUACCCCAUUUUCGGACCCUUAAUAGAAGGCGUUUACAUGAUUGUCCUUCUAAUAAUCCUUACCUUCAAAUUAUUGUAAAUGCUGUUUCACCUCUUCCUGAUGAACAGUACAUCAACGUCACCGUCUCGGGCGUCACGAAACCAUCCGAUAAAUAUUGGGUUGCCAUGAUUUCCCCUUCGCAUGCCAGCGUGAAGUACUGCCCUCUUCACAGUUUACUGUACAAAGAAACGGGGGAUUUCAGUGAUCUUCCUCUUCUCUGCCACUACCCAGUUAAGGCUGCUUAUCUAAAAAAUGAUCCUGAGUUCCUAACAUGCAAAAAGAGUGAAUGCAAAAAACAAGGAGAUGGUGGGAAAUGCAUGAUCAAGACUUGCUCGGCGUCACUCACAUUUCAUGUCAUCAACAUACGAACAGACAUUGAAUUUGUACUCUUUAACAACGGUUUUGAAGCGCCUUGCAUCUUGAACAGGACUACACCUUUGAAAUUUGCAAAUCCUAACAAGCCUGUUUAUGGACAUAUCUCAAGUGUUGACUCGGAAGCUACAUCGAUGAGAGUAACAUGGGUAAGUGGAAGUAACGAAACUCAACAAGUUGAGUAUGGUAAUGGCAAAUCAGUGACAUCAGCUGCUGCAACAUUUACUCAAAAGGAUAUGUGUGGCGGUCUUGUGAAAAGUCCUGCAGAGGAUUUUGGGUGGCAUGAUCCAGGUUACAUACAUACAGCUGUUAUAACAGACCUUAGACCUUCAGAAAAAUUCUCCUACAAAUAUGGAAGUGGUGCAGUUGGAUGGAGUGAUGACAUUGAGUUUCGGACACCCCCUGCAGGAGGAUCCGAUGAACUGACAUUCUUAGCUUUUGGUGAUAUGGGAAAAGCUCCUCGAGACUCCACAGUAGAGCACUAUAUUCAGCCAGGAUCACUCUCGGUGGUGGCCGCGAUGGCAGAUGAAGUUAGUACAGGCAAAGUGGACUCCAUAUUUCACAUAGGCGACAUAAGUUAUGCCACUGGUUUCUUAGUGGAGUGGGACUACUUUCUUCACCUCAUAACACCUUUGGCAUCUCGACUAUCUUAUAUGACCGCGAUUGGGAAUCAUGAAAGGGAUUAUAUUGAUUCAGGAUCGGUAUACAUAACUCCAGACUCAGGUGGAGAAUGUGGGGUACCAUACGAGAGUUAUUUCCAAAUGCCCACUUCAUCAAAAGAUAAACCUUGGUAUUCUAUUGAGCAAGGUCCUGUUCACUUCACUGUCAUCUCAACUGAGCAUGACUGGAAAUUGGGUUCUGAGCAGUAUAAGUGGAUGAAAUCAGACAUGGCUUCAGUUGAUAGGCAAAGAACUCCUUGGCUAAUUUUUGUUGGGCAUAGACCAAUGUACACGUCCGCAAAAUCAGCUCUAAUCAGUGUUGAUCCAGUAUUUGUUCAAUUUGUUGAGCCACUAUUACUCCAAAACAAGGUUGAUUUGGUGUUAUUUGGGCAUGUACACAACUAUGAGAGAACAUGUGCUAUGUAUCGAGGCAAAUGCAUGGCCAAACCUAUGAAAGAUGAGAAUGGAAUCGACACUUAUGACAACUCUAAUUACACAGCUCCCAUUCAAGCUGUUAUUGGGAUGGCAGGCUUCACUUUGGAUAAUUUCUCAGAUAAAGCGCCGGAAUGGAGUUUAAAAAGGAUCAAUAAAUUCGGGUACACAAGAAUACAUGCAACAAAAGAAGAAUUGAAACUAGAGUUUGUGAAUUCAAAUACAAAGAAAGUUGAGGAUUCGUUUCGGAUCAUGAAGACGUAGAGUAAAACAAGGAAGGGCAAUGUUUCUACUUUUACUUCUUGUGGAAUACUUGCAUCGGAAUAUCUCUAACACCAAAUUCUUCACCAUGUAUUAUUGAUUAAGGCUCUUAAUGUUGGUCAGGUUCGUUAGUGGUUAUAAAUGGUGGUAAUGGUAAUGUAAUUUAGUGUAAAUUUGUUAAGAAGUUCUCUUGUCAAUGACCAUGGUAAUGAAACUUAACCACAAAUA